AUACACUUCUACAAACUCUCUCUCAACACACUUCCCCUCUCAGUUGUAACCAGCACAUGGAAAUGGAGGACCAAAUGGAAAGCCAGAAGAGAAGAGGAGCGAGUAAAGAUGAUUUAAUAUCUGAACAGACAGGGUCUUUGGGGUGCGUAGGUUGGAUCAUAGUCAUACUCAGUGGCAUCUUCACAGUUUGCCUCUUCCCCAUCACCAUCUGGUUUUCUCUGAAGAUUGUUCAGGAGUAUGAGCGCGCUGUCAUCUUCAGACUGGGUCGCAUUACAGACAGGAAAGCUAAAGGACCAGGAAUUUUCUUUAUUUUGCCGUGCACUGAUUCCUUUGUGAAAGUGGACCUGAGAACAGUUUCAUUUGACAUCCCGCCACAAGAAAUCCUGACCAAGGACUCAGUCACAGUUUGUGUGGACGGAGUGGUGUACUUCCGGGUCAGUGACCCCAUCGCCUCUGUGGCCAAUGUGUCUAAUGCAGACUUCUCCACCCGCCUGCUGGCUCAAACCACCCUCAGAAAUGUCCUCGGGACUAAAAACCUGGCUGAGCUCUUGUCUGACCGUGAGGGCAUCGCUCACAGCAUGCAGACGAGCCUGGAUGAAGCCACGGACAACUGGGGAAUCAAAGUGGAGCGUGUGGAGAUUAAAGAUGUAAAGCUGCCACAUCAGCUACAGAGAGCCAUGGCUGCCGAAGCAGAGGCUGCGCGAGAGGCCAGAGCCAAGGUGAUUGCAGCAGAGGGUGAGAUGAACGCAUCUCGCGCCCUGAAGGAGGCGUCUCUCGUGAUCGCAGAGUCUCCAUCGGCCUUGCAGCUUCGCUACCUGCAGACUCUCAACACCAUCGCAGCGGAGAAGAACUCCACCAUCAUCUUCCCACUGCCCAUGGAUGUAUUAAGUCAUUUCAUGCGGAAGUGAAACCUCAGUUUGCUGAAGUCACUGUUGAAAAAAACAUGAAUUGGGUUGGCUGGGGGUAAAUUUCUGUGAUUCGUAGUAAAACAAACUCUCAGGAUGCAAUUGUUGUACAGUUGAUAUUUCUUCAGACACCUGUGUGGUUUAUAGUCAAAGUGGGAGUGUUCAAGCCUGCUAACCAAUGUGAUUUUGAUUUAAUGAGUAAUCGGUUUACCUUUCUUUGACAAAGUUUGCCAUGAAACUAUCAUAUGUUGUUAAAACUAUAAAAUACAGUGUGUCAUUAUUGAUAUUAUAUCAGGUAAUGUUGAUGAGUUGCACAUUUUCAUACUGAAUUAAAUGUAAAAUACUGAAA